UACUUAUUGUGCAUAGUUAAUUUACUUUAUAAUUGUAGAUUAUUAGUGGAUCUGUACAAUCCCCCUGCAAUGUUAUUUUCUGUAGUUUCUCUUCCUGUGUUUUUCAUAGAUUUAAAGGAUGUGGCCAGUGCAACAGGAAAUGUAGCACACCUACCAUGGCUGUUUAAAAGAGUGAAACUAAAGGGGGUUAAAGACGAAGGCAUUGAGCAGCCAUACACAAAUACAUGAGCACAGAGCUGGCUGCGUUCUUCCCACUGGCAUCCAUUUUGACAUGAAGAUGGUUGGAAGCUGGUUAUUUCUCCUCAUCUCUCUCCAAGGAUAUGAGGCUCCCUCCACUCCCAAAGUAAACUGCCUGAUCAUUAAUCUGGAUUAUGUCAACUGCAUCUGGAGUGAACAGGGGAGCCCAGAGGUCAACUUCACCUUUUUCAACAACAGGUUCAUCAAAGAUCAUAUGGAGGAGUGCACAACAUAUCUCCAGGAGAAGAGUAAUGCUGUGGGAUGUAGACUGUCUUAUGACAAGUCUGACAGGUUUAGAACACUGACAACCAAGCUGGUCCAUCAGAACAAAAGUUAUGUGCAGAACCAUAACCUCAAAAGCAUGGUGAAGCUUUACCCUCCUACCAACCUGUCAGUUGAGAUGAACAAAGACCCAGAGCUGAAUCUGUACUGGAACAACAGCAAGAACAACCAAUGCAUUGAGAGUGAAGUGCGCUACAGAAUAAACAACAACAAGUGGCAGACAUCUACUCUGAUCAGAGAACAGAAUUAUGCUGUUCCUUUCCCCUUAAAGAGCAGUCGGUAUGAGUUUCAAGUGAGAGCACGAGUUAACAGCAUUUGUGGCGAGUCCGAGUUCUGGAGUGAAUGGAGUCAGCCCAUUCUAUGGGAUUCCAUGAAAGGAAAUAACAUCACAGACAUAUCUGGCAGCUCAAUGUCUGUGUGGAAGCCAGUGCUGUCAUUAGUGGGUGCCAUGACACUCUUCAUGUUGGCCUGCAUGCUGGUCUACAGGGAAAGAGAACGACUGAGAUUCAUCCUCAUUCCCAUUGUGCCUAAUCCAGGCAAGAACCUGGAUGACAAUGUAGAGGCCUGGCUUCACGGCUCCAAAGACAUUUGCUUCCAGCCUAACUUCACUGAGCGUGUCUGUCCUGUUCGUGAGUAUCGUCUGGUUCCCCAAACCGGCAGCGUCAGUGAGUCUGAGAGCAACCUCUCCAUCCCAACAGACCAGUCAGAUUCCCUGUCCACGUGCUCUUCCUCAACUUCCACUCUUCCUGUCACAAGUGAAAAUGAACGAGCUGGUUUUGAGUGAGAUUUACAGAGGCUUCGUUCUAAUUACCCUUCUCCCCUAGGUGUGCACUUACUUGUGUCGUGGUAGAAAUAUU